CCUCCCUUCAUCAUCGCCGGCGCGGCGGGCAUCUUCUUCGGCUGGAGCUCGGGUGGGCGUCCUCUAUGCUCUCACAGACUGUUGAGAAGAAGGCGAGAAUUAACUCAUCUGAUGGCUGUUCCGUUCAAGGUCGUCCUUGCCCUGACAAACGUCGGAGGCCAGCCCAUGGGGAGGUUGAGAGGUGGAAUUAUCCUCGCGGUAAUGUUCUCAGGCUUGCAUUUGCUUUUCUGACUUUUAUUAUUGCCGGCAUGAAUGAUGCCGCUGUUGGUGCCUUGAUCCCUUAUCUCGAAGAAUACUACGACCUCAACUACACCACCGUCUCCCUCAUCUUCCUUACCCCCUUCGCAGGCUACUCCCUCGCCGCAAUCACCAACGCCCGCAUCCACGUCGCCCUGGGCCAGCGCGGCGUCGGCGUCAUGGCACCCCUCUGCCACAUCGUCACCUACACCGUCAUCGCCGCCGCCCCGCCCUUCCCCGUCGUGGUGGCCGUCUCGGCCAUCAGCGGCUUCGGCAACGGCCUCGCCGACGCCUGCUACUGCGCCUGGGUCGGCGCCAUGGACAAGGCCAACCAGAUCCAGGGGUUCAUGCACGCCUGCUACUCCCUCGGGGCUCUCUUCGCCCCGCUCAUCGCUACCUCCAUGGUCGUCUCCGCUGCCCUGCCCUGGUAUACGUACUACUACCUCAUGAUCGGCCUGUCGGCCGUCGAGUGGGUCGGCUUGACCGUGACGUUCUGGCGCAAGACGGGCGCUGUGUAUCGGGCGGGGCACCCGCGGGAUGCUGAUGCGAAGGGGGCGGGGACGAAGGAUGCCGUUAAGUCUAAGGCUACUUGGCUCUGCUCUCUCUUCUUUUUCACAUACAUGGGUGUCGAGGUCGGUCUCGGAGGCUGGGUCGUAACAUUCAUGCUCCGCGUACGAGACGCGAGCGCCUACGCAUCGGGAAUCUCAGGCUCCGGUUUCUGGGCCGGCAUGGCCGUGGGCCGGGCGGCGCUGGGGUUCGUAACCGAGCGGUUCGGCGAGCGUCUCUGCAUCAGCAUCUACCUCGCCUGCUGCCUGGCGCUGCAGCUCCUCUUUUGGCUGGUGCCGCAGUUCGUCGUGUCGGCCGUCGCUGUCGCCUUCCUGGGCUUCUUCCUCGGUCCCAUGUUCCCCGGCGCCGUCAUGGUCACCGCCAAGCUGCUGCCCAAGGACGUCCACGUCAGCGCUAUCGGGUUUGCCAUGGCCAUUGGCGGCACGGGGGGGACGGUUUUCCCUUUUAUCAUUGGUGCGAUCGCGGCUGGUCGUGGCGUGUGGGUGCUGCAACCUAUUAUUUUGGCGCUCAUCGGCGUGGUCGCCGUUGUAUGGUUCUUGUUCCCUAGGAUCAAGAAGAGGGACGAAGAAACUGUAGAUGGUGCCACCCAGACAGAGACAUUGUCGUCUUGA